UAAAUACAUUCGAUGUCGUUCGACGUUCACUCGCGUUCACCGGCGUUCACUGAGAUGAAAAAAAACGAAAAAAAAACGACAAAAAACGUGUAUUCCCGUGUAUUCCGAUCGUGCUGUAUAUACUCAGUUUUUCGCAGUUUUUAGUUUGGUUUUUAUUGAGUCGCAUAGAGUUUCACGGCAUUUCACGGAGUUUCAUUCGGUUUCAUUUGCGAUAAUUUGCCGUCAUUUGAAUUCAAUUGCAUUCGAUUGCAUUGAGUCGCAUAGAGUUGCCGCCAUUCCGUUUCAUUCGGUUUCAUUCUCGUUCGUUCUCGUUCAUUCUAUAAUAGUACAUCAAAAUCCGAAAUAGUUUUUUUUCUUCAAAAUACCCUAUCAUAAAUCGUCAGAAUUCAUCUUGAUUUUUGUAAAAUAAAAAAAACACAAAACAAUGUCUGAUGAACAUGAAGUUGAGGCUAUAAUUGGUCAUCGUGUUUUCAGAGGAAAGGAGCAAUAUCUCGUGAAAUGGCGUGGAUACGACGUACAAGAAUCGACAUGGGAGCCGAUACAAUAUUUGUUCAACGUAAUGGAUUUAGUGGCAGAGUACGUGAAAAACAAAGAGGAAAAAACGAAAGAACUCGAUUACAUUAUUGGAUGUGGACAACGCAACGGGCAAAAAUUCUUCUUAGUUCGUUUCAAAGGAGAGCACAAAAAUGAAAUCAUUGACUGGGAAAGUGCGAAACAGUAUUCGGUUGCCGUAAUGGAAUUCUUCGGAGCACGAUCCAUAUGGACAGAAGUGAAAAAUAUUAUCGAUCCGGAGAUGUGUGAAGGAUUUCAAGAAAAUGCAACACGAGAAACCGUGAACGAUGAACGUGAUCCAAAUGAACCAUCGACGAGCCAACUCGAUGCUUGUCCAAACGAGAUUGAGUUUGACAAAUGAUCAAAUUAAAAUUACAUUUCCACACAUUUCCACACAUUUUCACACACAGAAAAAUUGUUUCAAUGAUGAACAACACAAUCGAACAGAAUAACAAGUAUUCUUUUUCCAAAAUAAAUAACCGGUCGUUAACGGUUAUCAAUGAAUUCCAAAAACGUCCAAAACGGUCCAAAA